CUUUCAUCACCAUGAGGGCUACAGUGGCAGCUCUCCUCCUGUGUCUUUUGCUGGCAGCAUGCUGCAGCCAGGAGACUCCACCUGGCCCUCCUGGACCAACUGAAGGGCCACAACCAACUGGACCACCUGGCCCACCAACUGGAGGUCCUGAUCCAACAGGUCAGCCUACUGGAGGUCCUGAACCAACUGGUCCACCAGGCACACCUACUGGAGGUCCUGAACCAACAGGUCCACCUACUGGGGGUCCUGAACCAACUGGAGGACCCCAGCCAACUGGUGAACCACAGCCUACAGGCCCACCAGGGCCACCAGGGCCACUCUCUAGGGGACUUUGGCUUUUUUGACUUGGUGGACUCUUAUCGUUGACAUUAUUACAUCUGUGAAUCAUCAAGAGGGUUCAGACUUGAUAUUUACAAUUAACUGGAUCUGAAAUUACUGAUGGAAGUGUUCUGUGAACCACUUUGUAAAAUGUUUUGUCAUUAAAUAAGCACCUAAAAAUCCCCAUA